AUGGUUGUAAACAACCAAGAAAAUCAAACUCGGGCCGACGUCGUCUUCCUCAUUGAAGCGACCGCUCACAUCAGUCCUUACGUUGAAAGCCUCAAGACAAACUAUAUUAUGCCCACACUUGAGUACUUCAGCGGUCCGAUUGACCCGAGUGAUCUUUCCCCAGAAAUCAAUGCAAACUCAACACUUUACGGAAUAGUUGCGUACUUCAGCGGUCCGAUUGACCCGAGUGAUCUUUCCCCAGAAAUCAAUGCAAACUCAACACUUUACGGAAUAGUUGCGUUUAUGGCAAAUGACUGCAAGCCGGACACUGCAACUGCGUGCUAUGCACCCACAUCCAAUUCCAGUGUGUUGUUGCAUUGGCUGGAAAAAGUUCAGUAUAUUGGCGGCGCAGGCAGCCCUUCAAGUCACAUUGCUGAAGGACUUUCAACUGCCAUCAAUUUACUGGAUGACUUUCAAGUGAUUCGAGAGAACAGCACAGCGCCCUUUACUGAAACACCAAAACACUGCAUUUUAAUCUGCAACUCAACUCCUUAUAUGGAGCCGGUAGUGGAAGACCCAGUCUUCUGUGGCCUGACCAUUGAACAGCUGAUGAACGUCAUGACUGAAAAGAACAUCAACUUUAGUAUAUUCUCACCGAGAAAAAUGCACUUUCUGUACAAGUUGUAUGAAAGUUCGGGCGGAAACUUGAGCACUGCUCACACGAAAAACUAUGCCAAAGACCGCCGUCAUCUGGUGCUGUUGAAUGGCUUCAACCUGCAGGAGAAGCCGAUGAGUCCCUCCNAACGUCAUGACUGA